CGCCACUUCGCCGUACGUCAGAUAAACAUACCGUCGAUCCGCCGAUCAGUCCAGCGUGGUGUCGACAUUGCUGUAGCUCGACCAAACACUGUUAUCGAGGUGGGAAUAGGAUACGGAGUAGCACGACAUAUCGAACGGAAUAUACCUGCCAGCAGAAUGAACGUUCUGUUGUCGUCGCAGCCACAACCGCCGUCUUUCUUCCCUCAUCAACACGAGACCAAUAGACGGUCGCCUACUCGCUCAAUUAUGUGCGAUCCCUAGCUGCAGACUCGACUACUCUGCAUCUAAGGAGAUUCGAAUAGGCAGCAACGUAAACAACGUAUACUAACAAUUCUGCUUAAUAGUUUCUCCUUUUCAUACCGCUAUGUCUAGUUACCGAAAGCGAAAGGCCGAUGAUGAUGGCGAUGAGAUGUCGGUCUCGCCCCUCAACUCCCCUGCUGGUCAAUCGCGACAGCUUGCGGCCAGACCGUCGAAGAAAGCCCGGGCAAAUGAACUAGCCGGGAGGCCUCUAUCGCUCCCUCGACUCCUCGAGACCCUCGAUAUCACGCAGUUGCGGACUGUGCUACAGACAAUUUGCGAGCGACAACCAGAAAUUGGAGAAGAGGUCGUCAAAAGCGCUCCAAAGCCCUCCGUCGAUUGCGCGCUACAAGUAUUGAAGGAGUAUCAGGACAAACUACGAGAUGCCUUCCCCUAUGGCGAUUCGAGUUCCGAUUACACAUACUAUCGAGUCAAACAUCAACUUAUGGCGCUGAUUGAUGCCCUUGUUGAUUUCACACAUCAAUUCCUUCCGCCCAACGAGACAAGCGCCAACAUCUCGCUACAAUAUCUGCAUGGCGCCACGAAGGUAGUACACAGCUUGCCUGACUGGGAAAGUCAAAGCCACCGACAUCAUAAAGAAAACGUCUACUACGAAAUAUCACAAGCCUGGGCUCUGGUUAUCAAUGAAGCCUCCAAGAAAGGGGCUGGCUUCCUCUUACAUUCGGGUGGUUGGGACCAAAAGCUUGCUAAGCACAAUCUACAGUCGGGUGGCAGGCUAGGUGCUGCCAUUUCCUCUAUGGCCGCGAAUGUCGGAUGGGUCGGGGGAAGUUCAGGUAACACUGCCUCAAGUACGCCCGCCAACCAAAGCUCUAUUCUAGACCAGUUGAUGGCUGGCAAUUAUGGCGCGCCUGUUCCGGUUGGACGUUGGUAGAGACCGCCACCACCAGGGAGGAAGCAAGGAAAGAGAUGGGGGAGGAGGUGGAUUUGGACGGGCCUAAAGGGGCACGAAGAUUAAUGAGCAAAACGAUGUUUCACUAGCAUCCAGCAUAUGACGGAGUAAGCAGUCGUGCAAUAGGCAUCGAGGAUGGACGCAUUUGCACAUACCACCACCUCGCAAUGAGACUACGAUGAAUAUUUCUUAUUUUUCUUCCUUUCGUCUUAGG